UGAUUAUUUAGGCAGAUGCUGUAUCGGAAAUAUUCCAGAGACAAUCUCUCUCCCUCUUCUAUCUUUGCUCGUUUGCCUCGCCUAAGGAAACUACUUUUAAAGAAAAAUCAAAUUGAAUCAAUCAGUGAAAUGGCGUUUCACAACUCCACCCAGAUACAAAUUCUGGACUUAAGUUACAAUAAAUUAGAGCGAUUGAGAGAAAGGAUUUUUGAAGGUUUGAUACGACUGGAAUUGUUAGAUUUGGAAGGAAACCUACUCUCCGAUUUACCAGAUACAAUUUUCGAGAAACGUGACGACUUUGUCAAACACUUGUUGAUUUUUUUCUUUCAGGUAUUCAGUACCUCAAGCCUGCCGAUCCGAACGCUCGAUUUCAGCGGCAAUUCCCUACGAAGAUUAACGGAAAGACUGCUUAUAAGAUUGCAGUCCACUUUAGUGGAACUGCGCCUCGCUGAAAAUUUAUUAGGCGACACCCUAAAUCCAAUUUUUUCAAGCAACGAGUUUCAUGGACUCAAACACUUGCAAAUAUUGGAUCUAAGCGGCAACAGAAUAAAAGCUCUAGAAGAAGGAAUCCUCGAGGGGUGCGAAAGUCUUCAGGAACUUUAUUUAGACGAUAACAGUCUGAAUUCCAUUCCGACUUCUUCGCUUAACGGGCCCAGGGCAUUGAGGGCUCUCUCACUUAAAGACAAUCGAAUCGGUUCUUUAAAAAAUGGCGCCUUUUACAAUCAAAAGCACAUGGAACAUCUCGAUCUGGCUCACAAUCUUAUUGCCAAUAUAGAAGGUGGUUCUUUUGUGGGACUUGCGAAUCUAAAAACCCUUCGUUUGGCACACAAUAAACUUGCAAGGUUCAACAGCGACGUAUUCCAAGGAGCAGAGAAUGUCCAACUAUUGGAUCUUUCCGACAAUUUUCUCACCGAAUUUCCAUCAGUGGCUCUGAAAGUUUUUGCUGAACUGAGAUAUUUGAAUCUUUCAUCGAACUUAAUUCAACAUUUGGAUGGCGCCGAAUUAACUCCAUUUGCGAGCUUGUACCAUCUUGACAUAAGCAGAAACAAUAUUGCCAAUAUCUUACCGGGAACCUUCUUAGGGUUAAAACAAUUGAGGAAAUUGGAUAUCAGCGUUAACUCAUUGAGAACUAUCGAAGACGACGCUUUCGAAGGUUUGGAUAACCUGGAAACUUUGAUUCUUCACGAUAACAAUAUUCUUCUUCUACCAGCGUCAGCAUUUGGGCGUCUACCACACCUGACAUCGUUAUACCUCGAUUACAACAGGGUGGCGGCCUUAUCGGGUGACAUUCUUCGAUCCGUCGCCGAAAAAGUAACAAAACUUUCGAUUGCAAAGAAUGUUGUACGCGAAUUACCAUCGGGCACCUUUGAAUAUUUCCAACAACUCCAAGAAUUAGAUCUAACAAGAAAUCUUCUCACCACAUUAAACACUGAAGCUCUGGGAGGAUUGGAAAAAACUUUAAAGAAACUCUACCUGUGCCAAAAUCACAUUAGUGCAAUCACUGGCCCCCAACUGGCACUUGCAGCUUUGGAAGUACUCGACUUAAGUGAUAAUAAAUUAACAGAGCUGCCGAGAAAUGCAUUCGCAUCAUUGACGAGUUUAAAACACCUAAACUUAAGCGGGAACCAUCAUUUGACUUUUGUUCCUUCAGGUUUUCUACAAAAACUGACCCAACUCGUUACAAUUGACUUAAGUGGCACAGGUCUUAAAAUUUUGUCACCAGAUUUAUUCAGCAAAAACCGCAAGUUGCACUACGUUUAUUUGCAAAAUAACGAAAUCACCGAAAUAACCGAUAAUUCCUUCGCAAACCUUCGAAACCUAACCGUCGUAGAUCUAUCUUAUAAUAAAAUAAAUAAUAUACGACAGGGGGCUUUUGUUAGCGUGAUGAACAUGAAGAAAUUACUACUAAAGGGUAACGAACUGAACGCUUUCAAAGGAGAAAUUUUUAACACCGGCACAAGCUUAGAAGUGAUAGAUAUUUCCGAUAACAAACUAAACUACUUAUUCCCUUCGUCCUUCAAGAUCCAUCCUAGACUGAAGGAACUUUACGUGGCUAGAAAUAAAUUCACAUUUUUCCCUGCCGAACUCAUAUCGACACUGCAGUAUCUCGAACUAGUAGACCUUUCCGAAAAUGGUCUCAAAAACGUGGAAGAGUUUGACUUUGCUCGUUUGCCUCGCCUAAGGAAAUUACUUUUAAAGAAAAAUCAGAUUGAAUCAAUCAGUGAAAUGGCGUUUCACAACUCCACCCAGAUACAAAUUCUCGACUUAAGUUACAAUAAAUUAGAGCGACUGGGAGAACGGAUUUUUGAAGGUUUGAUACGACUGGAAUUGUUAGAUUUGGAAGGAAACCUACUCUCAGAUUUGCCAGAUACAAUUUUCGAAAGAGCAAGACUGCAAAUGUUAGAAAAUAUAAACUUGGCGCGUAAUCUUUUCGAAAUAGCGCCUUUGAAACCGCUACAGAGACAAUAUUUCUUCGUUACAUCCGUCGAUUUAUCUCAUAAUAAAUUGGUAAAUAUACCUGCCGAAGACAGCCUUAUGGUAAACAUUAAAAGAUUAGAUCUUUCCUUCAAUCCCCUUUCUGAACAAUCGGUAAUGAAUGUACUGGGCGAACCAAAAACGGUAAGAGAGAUCAAUUUAGCUGGAACAAAUAUCAGUCGAAUCACAAGACUGGAAACGCCCUUCUUGCACUAUCUUAAUCUAUCGCAUAACAACAUAUCGGAAUUAUCCGAAACAACAUUUGAAAGAACGUCUCUUUUGGAACAUCUGGAUUUGUCAUACAACCAACUUUCCGAGAUGUUUACGUCGUUUUCGAAAGUAUGGGCUCUACUAAACAACCUGCAGUCCUUGGACUUAUCUCACAAUCCAAUAAAAUCAAUUUCACAAACCGAUUUCGAAGGACUUGAAUCCUUAAAAACGUUAAAAUUGCACGAUCUCAACCAAUGUGACAGAAUCGAAAAGAGCGCCUUUAAAUUUGUACCUAAUUUAUCAAUAUUAGAGGCACACAACUUCCCGAAAGUGGGCUACAUUGAUGUUAAGGGCCUAUUGCAGAAUUUACCAGCCCUUGAAAGAGUCAGCAUAGAAACCAAAGAUCCUUCUAUAGGAAGCGAUAAUUUACAAUCAAUUUUACGAUCUAGACUGAAAGAAGUUGGGAUUAUGGGAUAUAGACUCCAAAGCGUUUCAUCAGGGACACUAUCAGGAUUAAAAUCGCCAGAAGUCACCAUAAAAUUUACGAAUACCUCAAUUAUUUCGAUACCACCAGCAUUAUUUUUCCCUGUACCCAGAUCGUCUAAAAUAACGUUAGACCUUGGAGGAAAUCAAAUAACUACCCUAAGUCCGCAAAUGUUAACUGUCCUGGACGACAGGCGGGGCGACUUAAAAAUUACAGGUCUGGAAUCAAACCCCCUUGUUUGCGACUGCACCGCCAAAGCAUUGAGACGCUGGAUUGCUACAACAUACAGUAUGGUCAACCUGAAAUGCACCAAACCGGACUACUUGUCCAAAAAAUUCUUUGUCGAAAUAGACGAAAAAGAAUUUACGUGCGACCCUAAAAGACCAACAACCCCACCUUCGUCCUCUGCUACCAAAUCGAAAGCCACAAACGUAGUAACAAAAUCGACAGAACCAGAAAUAAUUUGGUCGUUAGCACCCACAGCAAAAUCUAAAAUCAACGGAGGGAGUACAACCAAAAAGCCCUUAACUGGAGCUUCAAGUCCUGGUAACGACGACACCCUGAUCAUAGGAAUCGUCGGGGGUGUUGUUGCAUUUAUAACGGCUCUUAUCAUAAUAAUCUGCAUUAUACGAUUGAGGGCAACCACAAGGUACACAGGAGGGCCUGUGGGUGUAGUUAAUGGGGCCUUGCCUCACAGCACGGGAAGCAAUUGUGCCUGCAGUGUAAAAGGUGCCCCUAUAUAUGCUAUACCUCAGUACGGUCCUGGUUAUGCUGCUACAUUACCGCAUAAAAUGCAUAACAUGUCGGUUUCACCGAGACCAGCCUAUUCCACAAUGGGCCGAUCGCCAUAUGGUAGUCAAGCCUAUUACGUAGCAUAUCCGACAGAUGAUAAAAGUUAUCGGUAGUUGAAUUAAAAAAAGUGCGAUUUUUAUAGCUCGCGAAACUUAUUACAAGUAAUAAAAGUAACAGAUACAAUUAUCAUGUUGACACAACGAAAGUGAUAAAAUUAAUUAUCCCUCGUAAUAAAA